AAACACAAAGUUACAGAACACUCCUAAACAGAACAAAGAGUUGUAACAAACACUCAGCGAAAACAGGACGUGGCAGUUUAACAACACGGAACAAAUCAAUAGUCCAUGAUCUAAGCGACCUUCAGCCAAGGUAGCGUGUCAUAACAGCAAGUCAGCGACUAUCUGGCAAAGAUUAUAUCGCAGAGACAAGAUUCCAACAGAUAAAGAUACAUACAUAUAUGCAUGUAUACUAUUAUUUAAAACAGUAAAGAGAUGAACCAUGGGAAAGACUAAAGCAUCAGAGCAGCCAGCAAGAAAAUGUGAUUUGUGUGGAUUCACAAACAAAAAUGCCUACAUUUUCAAAAGACAUAGGAUAAGAUGUAGAAGAGAUAAGAAAAAGAUUAAAGGAGGAGGCACCAAAAUAAUAAUCAAACCAUCAGUGUUUGGUUCAGUUUCCAAUAAUUUGUCAUCUCCAACAAAGGCCAUAAAGGAGAAUGGUACCAGGAAAAAGACUUCCCCUUCAAUCAGCCCAUGCAAGAGAGGACGUAAUUAUAAAUGUGAAAAUUGCAGCUUCACAACAACCAAAUCAAAAGCAUUUCUCUAUCAUGAGAUUCAGGUUCACAGAAAGGCAUAUUCAAUAUUCACUUGCACAGAAUGUGAAUACUCAUCCAAACACAAACAGAAAGUACAGAGACAUCUAAAACUUAUACACAAAAAGGAAGUUGCAUUCUCUGAUGUGCAGGUGGCAUAUAAUGAUGAAAUGAGUCGUGUUGAAGAGAGAAUAGAAAAAGAGGAAGAGCAGAAUGAUCCAAGGUUUAAAUACAAUAUUGAUAUAAACAACACUGUUGAUUUGAAUGACAUGGUUGGUACAAGUAGUACUAUUGAGGAGGAAAUCCCCGAUGAUGUAGUAGUGGUACUGCCAGAAGCACCAGAGACUCCCAAUGAGAACAAGGAACACAUCACGGAAGUUCCUGGAAUUGAAGGAAAAGUAUACAAGUGUGAAUACUGUAUUUUUAAUAGCAACGAUAAGAGCAAAGUAGCAAAACAUGUUGUUACUAACCAUUUGAAUGCAAAACUGUUCCAGUGUACCAUGUGCUCAUUUACAACUGGAAGGAAAAUAGAAUUUGUAGCCCACAAGGCCAAGCACAGGAAGUUGCCAGCACUACAGUGUGGUGAUUGCUCUUAUUCAACUGAUAAUAAGCAGAACUUUGACUGUCAUCGUGAAAAUCAUAAUGCAGAUAAUAUGUUCCGAUGCCAGCUUUGUAAUUUUUCUUCUACAACAGAAACUGCCAUAACUAGGCAUGUACAGACCAGCCAUGAAAACCCUGUUGACAAUUUUCAGAUGUCAUCUCAGGGUAGUUUCAGUAAUGAUUCAGCUUACAUCGAAGAACCUCAAAAUGAUGACAUGAUGACAGAAGCUCCUACAGCUGGAAGGAACUUUGUCAUGGGUGUCCAGAAUACUGGAACUGAACAGUAUUAUGCACAUACAAACACAUACAAUGCUGAUACAUCUUUGGAUUACUAUGGUGACAAUGAUAACAGUUUUAUGUCAAACUACAACAAUUCAAGUUUGAACUGGUCUACCGACAAUGACAGUUUCAACUAUCCAUCAACAUCAAAACAAGCAGCAAAAAGAGGAGAAAAAUUAGCAUCAAAACAAGCAGCCAUUUUGCAAGGAGCUGAUGGAUCAUUUGUCUGCCCAUUGUGUGGUCUGAAAUACAAACGUUCUUCUGAUCUGAAUAGACACAUGAAACAAAAACACAACAUUAGGAUGAAAGAUUAUUUGGACCAACAACCAACAAUGGUACAAUCACAAGCCCUAGAUUUACCACCAGCACCAACUGAUUCUCUACCUCCUCCUCCUCCUCUUAUACCAGCACCAAAUCAUCAAGACAAUUCCAUGAGAAAUACUGCACAAAACCAGGUCAUGGAUGAUAAUGGUAAUGCUGUAGACAAUCAGUUGCCAGAGAUGGACAGCAGUUUUGCUGACACAGGUUUGAAAUGUCCAUACUGUCCAUACGAGGCCAAAUGGCAAGAUGAAUUCAGGAAACAUCUAGCAAUUCAUCAGAUUGAGAGACGUUACAGAUGUCCACACUGUGAUAAGCAGUACAAAUAUGUUGGGGACCUGAAUGUUCACAUUCGUAGAGACCAUAAGAAAGAACCAGAGGCAGGGGACUUGAUAAGAGUACCAACUAUACCCAAUAAGAAAUCUUCACCAUCACUAUUCAAAUGCCCUGCAUGUCCAUUUACUUCACAGUGGAAAACUGAAGUGGAUCGACAUUCAAAGUAUCACAUUGAUAAUAAGCCUUACAGAUGCAAUUACUGUGAUUACCAGACGCACUGGAAAGGAGACAUAAGACGCCACAUGUACAAACACCAUCCAGAGAUUAUGGGUGAUGACACUAUCCUUGACAAUGUUAUUACGAUUGAUUAUGAAAAGUUGACUGCAAGCAAAGAACUUCCGUUUGAGAUGGAUAGUCAGAUGAAUGAAUCGUAUGAAAACAAUUACAGCAUGGAUAUGAUGAAUGAUACACCAGAAAACAGCAUGGAUCAAAGUUAUGAACCAUUGGCACAGAGCUAUGAACAAACAGACAUGUCAUAUUAUGAUUCUGAACCAUCAAGCCAUGAACCUUCUCCAGUCAAGGAACUUUCACCUGAAAAUGAUAGCAUAAGUGGAAAUACUGGGGAUGUUACAUCAUUUAAAUGUGAAUAUUGCACAUUUGUAACAAAUGCACCGUCUAAGUUGAAAGCACAUGUUUCAACUCAUAUGAAUCUGAAACAGUAUAUGUGCCCAAUAUGUGGAAGGAGAGCAAAUUGGAAAUGGGAUAUACGUAAACACAUAAAAAAGGCCCACCCUGAGACGUCACAUGAUGUUGUCAAACUUAGUCGACAGGAGGCAGAAGCUACCAUUGAAAAGUAUCUGAAUUCUAAUCCAGUUGUCAGACGUGAGCAUCAUUUGAAUGUUGCCCUUAGCCAACCCCAGACUGUGCUGGAUGAGACUUCUGAAAUAAAAAAUGGAAAAUGUUUUAAAUGUAGUGCCUGUGGAUAUGAAUCUAACCAAAGGUGGAUUGUCAGCAAACAUAUUCGCACAGUACAUCCAAACCUAGAAGUUAGUAUCAUCUACAAGGGUAAUAACAUCAAUCGUAACAUGAUGACUCUUUUGCCAACAGCAAAUGAAUCACAAAUAGAACCUUUUGUAAUCAGCAAUGAAAGAAUGGACAAUAACUGCAGUCCAAUACCGACAACCAUUUUAAAUGUACCUAAUGUGAACAAUGAAGCAAGAAUCACACCACCCAAAAAAGACUCCAUGUCUGACAAACCCUUCAUCUGCAUGGACUGUGGGAAACAGUGUGCCAGUAAAGCAGAUAUUGCUAGACAUUAUUACUACAUGCAUCGUAAUAUGCCAGUGAAAGUAGGCUACAUUACCGAUAAUGGGAUUGUACCAAUAGAAAAAGAUGACCAAGGACCCAAAUCCAACAUGGCAAUGAAACCACACAAAGUCAAUGAAACAUCACCGGAAAAAUUCCUACCUCUUGAUAUUAAGCCUUUCAUGUGUGCUGAAUGUGGAAAGCGUGCAGCGCUAAAAGGUGAUGUGAAGAAGCAUUAUAAUUACAUGCACCCUGGAAGUGAAGUUCGUAUCAUAUAUGUUGGUGAUGGAAUGCUUGAUUCUGGUAUGGUUGAGAACCCCUACAUUAUUGGUCCACCAAGUGAAAAAAUGGAUAUGGAGAAGAUGGAUAUGGCAACUGUUUCACCAAAGAUGGGCAACAAGAAAGCAGGUCUUAUAUCGGCUAAUCCUAAAACAUUUGGCUACAUCAAACCUUUCAUGUGCUCAGAAUGUGGUAGACGAUCAAACUGGAAAUGGGACUUGAGCAAACACAUGAGAAUUAGACAUCCAAAUACACCAUCACAUAUAAUCACACUUUCUGAGGCAGAAGCCAGAGCAACCUAUGAGUCAUAUAUGCAAGAAUUCAGUCAAUCUGUCCAUACUUCACCAGUAAAGAAACAUCCAAGUACAAAAGUUAAUGAGAAGGAAUAUGGGUUGAUAAACUUCAAUAGGAGUGCUUACAGACAGUUUAAAUGUUCUGCAUGUCCAUAUCGAUCAAAUUGGAGGAGUGAUUUGCUAAGGCACAUUAAAAGAAAGCAUGGUGUAACGAAAGGACAUCUGAUAAUUAUGACGAUUGACGCAGCAAAGGAAAGUUUGACUACAUAUGAUUACAAUCCAAGAAAAAGAAGGAGAAGUGGUGUCAGAGAAGGUGAGUCAGGAGAGAAAGAAAACGAAAGCAAAGAACCAAGACCUAAGGGACCAAAGCAUAGUGAGGCUGAUAAAAUGGGGAAAAUUUGGAAAUGUGCUAGAUGCUCUUUUGUCAACAAAGAUAAAAUGGUAGUAGCAAGACAUUUGUACAGCCGUCACAGAGUACGGGCAUUCACUUGCAUGAAAUGUCUUUAUGCAACCAAUCACAGAAGUUCCGCCUACCGUCAUAUUAAACAAAGACAUGAAACUGAAAACAUAAGCAUCUGUAAAAUUGGAAUUAAAUACAUUCGAUUCGAUCCAUCUAGACACACCUAUGUGAAGUCAGCUAUUGAAAAGGCUAAAGCUCAAGGAAUUAAUGUAGAUACCAGCAGUGCUGCAGCUGUUGGAGAAAAUGGACAACUUUUUCCAGGUUUUGAAAAUGCUGUAGAUGAUAAUACAGAAGAUGAAAAUUUAAAUUUAAAAAUGGAAGAAGAUGUUGAAGAUGACUUUGAAACCACUCUUGAUGAAACAGAUAAGGAAGAAGAAAAAGACGAAAUCAAGGAUACUUACACAUUCAAAGAAACUUUUAAAUGUAAACUUUGUACAUUCCAGUCAACUUGGAGAUCAUGUGUCUGUCGUCACAUUCGGCAAAAACAUAAAUCCACUAACUACCAACGACACAUCAAAUGUAUAAAGAAGAUUGUGAAAAAUAAUGGAUUAGAUGAAGAAGAAAAAGACUUAAAACAAUAUAUGUGUACUGUUUGCCCAUACAGGACUGCUAAAAAUAAUUUGUUGACACUACACAUGAAUUGCCACAAGCCUCAAACUGGAAUUCAUCAAGAGAAAUGCAGGUAUUGUCCAUACUAUGUUAGGGCACCACGUCUUAUACAGCAGCAUGAAAAACUCCAUCUUGAAGAACAAAGAAAGACGCAGAGUGUUGAACAAACUUUAGAAGAACCACUACCAUCUACGUCAACCAAAGAGGAUUCUGUAUUUAUUCAGCCGCCAACACCAACAAAGCGUCACCAAUGUCAGAAAUGUCCUUACAGAACUAAUAGUAAGAAUGAUUUCUAUUAUCACAAACAGUUUCACAGACCCAAGCCAACUUCUGAGUUUAAAUGUGAUGAGUGUGAUUACUGGGUAGGACUAAGGCGACUUCUUAAACAACACAAGAAAGUUCAUGAAGCAGAUUACAAAGACAGAAGGUCAUCCACAUCAUCUAUACAGUCAUCCCCAUGUAAAUCUGAUUUCUCAGAGUCCAGCCAUGUUUAUGAUUCAGUCCAACUAGCCAUGUACAAGCAAAAGAUAAUUUCAUCAAAGAUUCAACCAAGUAUUUCUCACUCUCCAGUCAUGUCACCCAUGAAAAUUGCAUGCACAGUUGGAAAUCGUCCAGGAUACAUCAUGAAAAAUGGAGGCUAUAGAAAAAUUCACAAAUGUUCAAAAUGUCCAUAUCAGAAUGUUAGACUUAGAAACUUGCGUCUCCAUGAAUUGAUGCAUGGUUUCCGGAAAAGUAAAAACCAGCUGAUGAAAUGUCCUGACUGUGAUUACUAUGUUGGAUCCAAGGGAUUGCUUUCACAUCACAUGAAGGUACACCUUCCCUCAUACAUGGCAGAUAAUGCAGAAAAAUCUAGUACAGAGACAGAGGUUGAUGACUAUACAGGAGAUGACACAGAGAAAGAUUCUGAUAUUUCUGACAUUCAGUUUGAGACCAAAGUCGAUACUUUGUAUGAGAUAGCAAGGUUUAAGAAAUACAGCUGUGAAAAAUGUCCUUAUGCCAGUGCUAAACGAUCUCACUAUGAGAGGCAUGUGGAAAUACAUGGAAGUAAACAACGACAUAUGUGCAAGUACUGUGAUUACAGUGUUCCAUCCAGAAACCUACUGGUUCAACAUGAAAGGCUACAUUGCACUCCAAAUCAGAACCUUUUAGCUAUACAGUCAUUAUCCAAUUUGAUGCAGUUACCAGAGGUACCGGCAGAUGUUGCUUUGGCUAGUGCUUUACCACCAAUUGACACAAAAGAGUCUUUCAAAGUUAGUGUCACACAUGACCAUAUUGAAUUGUAUGAAAAUUCCAACCAGUUUGAUAUUGAGCCGAAGAAACUUUACCGCUGUGAUAGAUGUCCAUAUGCAAAUGUGAGAAGAGACCAUUUAUUGACACAUUUGAAAUUUCACAUGCUUAAAAGUAAUCUUGCAUGUCCAUACUGUGACUACAGUGUUUCCAAGACGCACCACCUGUCACAACACAUCCGUGUUCAUUUCUGUCCACUCCCAGAAUUGUCUAAUUGGUUAGCAGAGAAUGGUCAGCUGGACAGAGUUAAACAGAAUAAAGACCCAGAUAUUAGUGAGGCAUUAUAUGUAGCACAGCUGUUCAAACGUGAUGGGCAAAAACAAUCUGAAGAAAAUGAUGAAAAAUGCAAUGGAGAGAAAGAAGAAAAGGAAGAAGUAAAAAUGGAUGAAGAGUCCUGUGAUUCCCCAGCACAGAAAGAGAUGAAUGGAGUUGAAAACGCUGAUGAAGACAUGACACCAGUAAAAGAAAAUAAACAAUUUGAAGCAUCAAAGUCUUCUGAAAGUGAUACAGACAAUGAAAUCUCAUUUAAAGACAGUUCAAUUGUUAUAUCACCAACUGUAGCUAAAGAUCAUUCGGAAGAACAGGCAUCAGAAAAAGACAUCAAAAUGGAAGAAGAAAACACUGAGUCGGAAAAUGGAGAGAAGAGUGAUGUAUACAUCUGCCAGUACUGUGAUAGAGAGUUGGACCAAUCAGAUCUACUGGUUCAACAUGAAAUGCAACAUCUUAUUGGCAAUAAUUAUGAGGUCUACCUCAACCAGUUUAUAAUAAGUGAAAAAGAGGAAGAUAUUGAAAAACAGCCUCUUGUGGUAGAAAAUGGUGAAGUAAAUAUAGAAAAUCAGAAAGAACAAAUAGAGAAUAUAACUGAAAAUCUGGAAGUUGAACCUGCAAAGGAAAAUACCUCUAUUGUGAAUUCCUAACAUUUAUUUUAUAUUGUUUAUACAUUGUUACAUAUUUACACACUUAAACAGAGAACAAAUAACAUGCAACAUGUAUAAUUUUGAAAGGUCAGAAUAAAUUAAUGCAUAGCUUUAACCCCCUUAAUUCAAAGGAAAAAAUAUGAUAUGCCUAUGCAAUUUAGUUUUCACAACUAUGUGAAGACAAGUAAUUUUUUCUUUUCUUUUUUUUCCCCAAAGAGUAACAUCGAAGGUUGUUAGUUACUCUUUUAACACUAGAUGGAAAAUGAAAAAUCUAGUAACAAGAGUUUCAAAAACUACUUUAACCUCAAUGAUGACCUGAAGCAUAUCCACUUUAUUCAAAAUGUGUUAUAGUAAAUUCUUUAACCUUCAAAUGAAAACUCUAUGUUAAGCAUUCAAUUCUAAGGUGUGUAUUUUUUUAUACCCCACGCAAUGUAUUGCGUCGAGUAUAAUGUUUUUGACCCGUCCGUCUGUCUGUCCGUCCAUCUGUCUGUCUGUCUGUCAGUCCGUCAGUCCUGUUCUUGUCAUUGCAAGUCCUCUGAAACCACACAACAGAAAUUCAUGAAACUUUGUAGAUAAUAAGGACAUACUAUGUAGAUGUGCAUAUCGACAGGAAAUUAUGAUUCAAUUUUUUUCUAGGAGUUAUGCCCCUUUGAACUUAUUGGCCUCAAUAUACUACUGCAACAGUUUGUCAUCGCAACUCCUCUGAAACCACACAACAGAGUUUCAUGAAACUUUGUAGAUAAUAAGGACAUACUAUGUAGAUGUGCAUAUCGACAGGAAAUUAUGAUUCAAUUUUUUUUCUAGGAGUUAUGCCCCUUUGAACUUAGAAUGUUGGCCUAAAUAUACUACUGCAACAGUUUGUAAUCGCAACUCUCUGAAACCACACAACAGAAUUUCAUGAAACUUUGUAGUUAAUGAAGACAAUAUGUUAAUGUGCAUAUCCACAAGAAUAUUUUUAUCAGUUGACUUUUGUAGAGUUAUGAGUCUUUGAACUUAGGAAUCUGGUGAGAUUUGGUUUGUCCAGUGACAAUGUGGGGGCAUGGGGUAUGUGAGCGUGUUCACAAAGGUUUUUUAAUUUUAAAUGUUUAGGUUUCCUCUACUCAAAAUGUAUCUGUCUUCAUAUUUGGGAAAAGGCAAAAUUACUUCUUUUUUUUUUAAUGACAUGCAAUGUGUUUACUAAAAUAAUAAAAUAAGAGCAAUUGUUUUAUAUGUGAAACUAAACUGUUGUUAUCAGAUGUUUACAAAUUUCUGAAGAAGUAUAAAGUCUCAAAAAUAAAAUACAUUAAGAAUAAAAGAAAUAAAAAUUUACUGCAUCAGUUAAAAAAAUGCACAAAUAAUAGUUUUAUUAGAUAUGUUCAUUGCCAAGAAGACUUUGGAUAAGAAAAAUAUUUCUCUGGAAAUGGAAUUUUUUAUGUUUAAACUUUCAUCUGGUACAGGUAGUUUUUGACAAUAAUAAAAUUAAUUUGAUUUGACCUUUCUUAUCUUUAAUUUAUUUAUUUUCUGUAUCUUACACAUGUUUGUUAUACAGAUUUGUUUUUGUACAGUGUUGAAUUCUUUAAAGAUGUCAAUUUUUGUUUAAGUAGAUAUUUUUUAUAGAAGGAUUGUAUUAAGAAAGAAAAAAAAAAUCUUGUAAAAUGUCAUAACAAAUGCAAUUUUGUAACUUUUGUAAAAAUGCUCAUUCAUUUUUGAAGUAAAUCAGAAAAUAGUGAUACUGCAAAUUAUGUAUCAAAAUACAACAGAAUUAAUAUAUUUUAUUUUGACAUGUUCAAGAAUUGCACAAAUUGAUUUCACAUAAUUAACAACGGUCAUAGGUUUUGUAUGCUUUAAAGUGUGAAUUAAUAGAAUCUGUUUUACAACCUUUACACUUUUUCUCAAAAUCAUUAUGGUAUUGAAACAGCUCUUAGACAAUUUAGUUGAAAGUAUGCUUUGAAAUUUUCUAAUUUAAAAAUAACCUGUGUUAUGCAUGAAAAAUAUAUUUUAAUAGAUUCAUAACUUCUAAAAAAUGUGUCGUUUUAUGAUAGAUUUUGUUUUGAAGUACAAAUAUUUUGGGGAAUGUAAUUGUAAAUUUCAAAGUUGUAUGAAACCAUCCAACAAGAUUUUUUAACUUUUGCUAAAGCAAUAUUGUUGACUGGAAAUAUUAAAACUGGUUAAUGAAUAUUUAAUUUUAGGAUCAAUAUAUAUACAUACACAUAUACAAUGUUGGAUAGUAUUUAAUUAUUCUUUUGCUAUAAUGCAUGCUUCCUUUCUUAUAUCAGUCCUGUAAAAAUGAAUUGCUUGCUUUAUGACAAUGGUUGUACAUUAUAGAUUUUAAUUUAGGCCAGAUAUUUUUUAAAUUAAUUAUUUACAGAUAUUGUUUUUGCUAUCUUUGCAUUCAUUACCUUUUUAGUUAUUAAUGGCUAGAUAUUACAUAUUUGAAAUCUUGCUUUUCGGUUAUUUUUCAACCCAUAGAAGAUAACGAAUUUAUAAUUAUACAAUUCAAAAUUAAUUGGAUGUUAUUUUAUAAAGAGAACACUUAAAAAAGACUUGGAUAUGCAAGAUGAUUAACCACACUAGAUAUUUAGUUGCGUUCAUGUACCAAGGGAUGUAAUUAAAAGGGUCAUAUCAGAAACAAGAAGGCUUCUCUUGUUAUUUAUUUAAAUGUUUUUAAUAUUUGGACUGAAAUAUAUACAUGUUUGCAGGUGUGUACACACAAUUUUAGCAUUAUUUAUUUUUUCUCUCUAAAUCAUCCUUAGAAAUGAAUUAUUUAACAGGAUAUUAAAAGAGUUUAGCAAAACCUUGAGUACAUGUAUUUCCUUCAUUAAAGAUGUGUUUUAUUGUAGACUUGUGCAUAUUUUGAAACUUAGAUUGAUUAUAAGCUUAAGGAAUUUCAAAUUUCUUUGAUUGCUUUUUCAGAGAAAUCAAAAACCGUAUUUCUAUAUUUUUUUCAAGUAUAAUGAGGAUUCAUGAUUAUUCAAUAGUUUUAAUUUUUUUGAGGAUUUCAUGGGAAUAGAAGAACCAAAAUUGAACUAUUCAACAAGAUACAUAUUUCCACACUAUUCAAUAGAUGUUAUAAUAAGGAUAGAGACAUGACAUUAAUUUGGCUGUAAAAUUGCUUAAUGAUUGAUAUAUGUUGAAAUUAAAGCAUCAACCAUAUUUUUUUAGGAAAAAUAUUUUUAAUUUUCAUAUGUUAUAAAUGAGAAGUUUUUGUAUACCUCUUUACUAUGAAAAAUGGUAGUACCUAGCCAAAAGGUUUUAUUUGCAGUGUAUAUUGACAAUCUUUUUUGUCUUAAAGAAAUAUAUUAUAUGUAGACUUUUUACUAAAUAUUUAUUUCUAUAGGAUGUUUUAUGCACUUUUUAAAAUAUUAAGAAGUGCAUUUGGAAUCCAUUUUGUUUUGAUAAAAGCUGGACAGAAUACAAUUAUUACCUGUUAAUAUAUGAAACAUGAUAGAGAUACUUGAAUGUAAAUCAGAAAUCUUCCAACAGCAUCUUUGGGUCACCAUAGGGAUCCUUACAUCAACAGUUUUACUUUGUCAUAGCUUUGCUGGGAAGUUGUAGUCAAGAUAUUGUGAGAAGCACAUGGAACGAAGGCUCUUGCACCUUGUAAUGAUCAAGCAUUAACUAAUUUAAAGUCUGACAUGGAAUAAACUGUUGGCCAAUUUUGCUGUUUUGCUUUUGCCUGAAAAAUUAAUUAGAUUGAUUGUUGGUUGCUUGACGUCCCGUGCAAAAUUAAUUAAACAAGGGGAAUCAGUUUGAGGUGGCUAUAUAGGACUAAAAGGGGAAGGAAGCAAUGGGGAUUAAAUGGGUGCAAACUUGUCCGUUCCUGAUCUACCGUCCCCCCCCCCCCCCCCAAAAAAAAAAAAAAACUUAAUGAGAAAAAGCCAUGGUUUUGCUACUGUUUUAUAGAAAUUAUUUUUUUUCUUUCACAAUUUAUAUACUUUUCUCUAUUACUACACACAUUUGAAUAUUUAUAUUGUUGAUUUAUAUGUUAUUGGUAUCAAUGAGUUGAAAACUAUAUGCAAAUAUUUGUACAGAAUGCAGAAUUUUAUAUCUAUACAUAUUGCUUAUGGUCAUAUCAUUAAUAAAUCACAUUUUAUAACGGU